CAACAAAUUUGACCGCACAGUCUUCUCUCUGGUGAAUAAACUCCUCUUUCGCUUAUGGAUUCUCACUCUGAAAACUCCGCUUCUCUAAACUGUACUUUGAAUGCCGCAAGCAAGGUCCAUGGAACUGAUAAUGAUGAAGAAGAACGUCCUAUUACAGAGGAAACUCCAAUUUCAAUGGAUAGUUCUGAAACUAUCCCGGAUUUGGAUUCUAAUGAUGAUAAGGGGGAUUCUGCAGAAGCUGAACUGCACUUUUGUGAUUUAGAUGAGUUAGUAGAGCCAAAGGUUGGCAUGAUUUUUGACACAGCAAAAGAAGCAUUAGAUUAUUAUAACGAAUAUGCAAGAAAGAUUGGUUUUAGGGUGAGAAUACUAAGGACAAAUGCUAAGAAAGGUCAGCGUGAUAAAAUUCAUCGCCAAGUGCUAGUUUGUUCAUGUGAAGGAAGCUAUAAAAUGGUAAGGAAGCCUAGAAAAAGAAGAGAAACUAAGCGAUUCGAAUGCAUGGCAGUCUUUGAGAUCAAAUUGAUGAGUGGUGGUGACAAGUAUGCUUUGAUUAGGUUCAAAGCUGAGCAUACACAUGAACUUGGACCGACUAAAUUUUCCAGGCACCUAAAGACCCCUGCCCAUGUACCACAUGCUGACAGUAGCCUUCCUCGGGGAGUAAAAGCAGCGGAUAUUCCUGAAGAAGUUGGCUUAUCUGAUCCCAACUCAAGGUCGGGGUUUCUAAAGAGGGGUGAUGCUCAUUUUCUCCUCGAGUAUUUCAGGCAAAAGAAGCAAGAAAAUAAACAUUUUUUCUACUCCUUUCGCACUGAUGGAGAUGGCAACAUAUGUGGUGUGUUUUACUGUGAUGCAAAGUCAAGAAGAGAUUACGGGUUAUUUGGUGAUGCAGUCUGUUUUGACACAACAUUCAAAACAAACGAUAUGGUUUGUGUGCCAGUUAUUGGUAUAAACAAUCAUGGGCAACCUGCACUUUUUGGAUGUGGUUUAUUAGAUGGUGAAACAGCGGAUUCUGCAGUGUGGUUGUUUACUACUUUCUUGGAGGCUAUGGGAGGAAAGAAGCCCAUAAGUGUGUUUACGAGUGAAUCUGCAUUCAUUUCAAAUGCUGUUAGUGCUGUAUUUCCAGAAGCUCAUCAUGGAUUGUGUUUAUGGCAUUUAUUUCAAAAUGCUUCAAAGCACUUGACUGAAGUAUUUAAAGCGUCUAAGUCAUUCUCCGUGCAAUUUAAAUCUUGCAUAUAUGAUCCAGAAACGCUUCAGGAAUUUGAAGAAAGUUGGAGCAAGUUACUUGAUGAGUAUGGGCUUAGAGGUAUCGCGUGGCUGCAAGGCUUGUAUGAGUUGCGGAAAAUGUGGGCUCAAAGUCGUGGUCAUUUUUGUGCUGGCAUGACUGCGACAGGAAGAAGCGAGAACAUCAGCAAGUUUCUGAAAGCCUAUUUUAGCACGGGUAGCAUUCCUCUCCGGGAGUUGGUGGACCAAUACUCUAAAGCCAUGGUUGAUCAGUAUGGAAAGGAAAAUGAAGCAGAAAAAAGGACACACCAAACAGAACCAAAUUUGAUCUCUGCGUGGCCUAUAGAACGUGAGGCAUCAAAAUUAUACACUAGAGAAAUGUUCUAUGGUUUCCAAGAAGAGCUUCAACAAAUUAUAGAUCUGCUGUUAGAGUUGGUGUCAGAUGACGGAAUUAUUCGUACCUAUAGAGCUACUGAGAUGGAAGGUCAGAAAAAGAUCCGCACACUUAUAUAUAACCACACUGAACAAUCAGUCUAUUGCUCUUGUAAGAAAUUUGAAUUUAAUGGAAUCCUUUGCUCUCAUGCAUUAAAGUUGUUUCGUAACUUGCAAUAUAAAACUCUGCCUCCUAAAUAUUAUUUGAAGAGAUGGACUCGUAAAGCUACAGAAGACGAUGUUUUUGACCCUUCUGGGGAGUUGAUCCCGAAUAAUAGUGAUCCGUCAUCAACAGCUCGUUACGAUGCGCUGUUGCAAAUUUCACAACGAAUUGCAACGAAGUGUUCGAAGUCAGAAGAAGUGUUUUCUCUCACUAAUUUAAUACUGCAGGAAGUUGAGGCGAAGAUGGAGGGCCGUAACACUAAGGAAGAACAAAGGCCCACAGUUCAGAAAACUACAAUUGAGACUACUCCAGCAGUUCAGAAAACUACAAUUGAGACUACUCCAGCAGUUCAGAAAACUACAAUUGAGACUACUCCAGCAGUUCAGAAAACUACAAUUGAGACUACUCUAGCAGUUCAGAAAACUAAUAUUGAGACCACUCUAGCAGUUCAGGAAACUAAAAUUGAGACCACUCCAGCAGUUCAGAAAACUACAAUUAAGACCACUCCAGCAGUUCAGGAAACUACAAUUAAGACUACUCCAGCAGUUCAGAAAACUACAAUUAAGACUACUCCAGCAGUUCGGAAAACUACAAUUAAGACUACUCCCACAGUUCGGAAAACUACAAUUAAGACUACUCCCACAGUUCGGAAAACUACAAUUAAGACUACUCCGGCAGUCAAGAAAACUACAACUAGGACUAAUCCGGCCGUCAAGAAAACUACAACUAAGACUAAUCGGAAUCAGGCAUCUGGAUUGCUGCAAGUGCAACAACAGGCGAACCAUAGCCAAACUGGUUGGCAAUGGAUGAACCAGCGAGCAGUUCCUCCCCUGCGAGCAAUUCAGCCCCUGCAAGUAGUUUAUCCCCAAGGGGUUUAUCCUCGAGACAUUCUUCCACCAUAUAAUUCAGUAACCUGUCAGCAGCGAAGGCCAUUGUUCGCGCCACAGCAGUGAUAAAGCAGAUUGUGCUGCAGACUUCCAAUGUCUUUUGAAGGACGCCUAAACAAAAUCAGUUUGGCCGGCAGGCUUCAGUACCUGGUAAUUGUUUACACUGAAUAGAGUCAAUAAACUACAUGAAAUUUGGUUGUUGAAUCAAAUAUCAUGCUGUAAUUAGUAGGAGUUGCAGAGUUCCCGUAGGAUAACCCUUAAAUAGGAUGGUUGUGUUACUUGUGUAACACAACAUACUUCUUUUUUUCCUCCAUUUUCUUUCUUUUGCGAUCAUAAGCGCGAAAAUGUAUAUAAUUAGUAUGAAUAAUUCCCAGGGGGUGUUUUUGUGUUGCUCAGUUAAAUGCAUACAGGUGAAUAUCUACUUUA